UGCAGAAUGGAAUUGGGGGGAAUUGAGGGCUUUUCCACCUCCACCAGAGCAAUGAGAUUAGCAAUAGGAGAAGAUGAGGUGAUCGUAUUUGGCCUUAGAGUGAUGCCUUUUCUCUGGAUUUGUCCUCUAGAGUUUUCCCUUGCAGAUUCAUCAAGAUGAGCAUCAGGGCCCCACCCAGACUCCUGGAGCUGGCAAGGCAGAGGCUGCUGAGGGACCAGGCCUUGGCCAUCUCCACCGUGGAGGAGCUGCCCAGGGAGCUCUUCCCCACACUGUUCAUGGAAGCCUUCAGCAGGAGACGCUGUGAAACCCUGAAAACGAUGGUGCAGGCCUGGCCUUUCACCUGCCUCCCUCUAGGGUCCCUGAUGAAGUCGCCUCAUCUGGAGUCGUUAAAAUCUGUGCUGGAAGGGGUUGAUGUGCUGCUGACCCAAGAGGUUCGCCCCAGGCAGUCAAAACUUCAAGUGCUGGACUUGAGGAAUGUGGAUGAGAACUUCUGCGACAUAUUGUCUGGAGCUGCUGCAUCCUUCCCGGAGGCUCCGAGUCAGAAGCAAACAGCAGAUAACUGUCCAGGGACAGGCGGGCAGCAGCCAUUCAUGGUGUUCGUAGACCUUUGUCUCAAGAACAGGACACUGGAUGAAUGCCUCACCCACCUCUUAGAGUGGGGCAAGGAGAGAAAAGGCUUACUGCAUGUGUGUUGCAAGGAGCUGCAGGUUUUUGGAAUGCCCAUCCACAGUAUCAUAGAGGUCCUGAACAUGGUGGAGCUUGACUGUAUCCAGGAGGUGGAAGUGUGCUGCCCCUGGGAGCUGUCCAUUCUUGUCAAGUUUGCCCCUUACCUGGGCCAGAUGAGGAAUCUCCGCAAACUUGUUCUCUUCAACAUCCAUGCAUCUGCCCGCAUUCCCCCAGACAACAAGGGGCAGUUUAUUGCCCGAUUCACCUCUCAGUUCCUCAAGCUGGACUAUUUCCAGAAUCUGUUUAUGCACUCUGUCUCUUUCCUUGAAGGCCACCUGGACCAGCUGCUCAGGUGUCUCCAGGCCCCCUUGGAGAUGGUCGUUAUGACCGACUGCCUGCUGUCAGAGUCAGACUUGAAGCAUCUCUCUUGGUGCCCGAGCAUCCGACAAUUAAAGGAGCUGGACCUGAGGGGCGUCACACUGACCCAUUUCAGCCCUGAGCCCCUCACAGGUCUGCUGGAGCAAGUUGUGGCCACCCUGCAGACCCUGGACUUAGAGGACUGUGGUAUCAUGGAUUCCCAACUCAGCGCCAUCCUGCCUGUCCUGAGCCGCUGCUCCCAGCUCAGCACCUUCAGCUUCUGUGGGAACCUCAUCUCCAUGGCUGCCCUUGAGAACCUGCUGCGCCACACCGUCGGGCUGAGCAAGCUAAGCCUGGAGCUGUAUCCUGCCCCUCUGGAGAGUUAUGACACCCAGGGUGCUCUCUGCUGGGGGAGAUUUGCUGAACUUGGGGCUGAGCUGAUGAAGACACUGAGGGACUUAAGGCAGCCCAAGAUCAUUGUGUUCUGCACCGUCCCCUGCCCUCGCUGUGGCAUCAGGGCCUCCUAUGACCUGGAGCCCAGUCACUGCCUCUGUUGAAUGCCUGCCAUCAGGGUGGAUAUAUUUCAAGCUUUCUUCUGGUCAUUUCGCAGCUGAAACCUAGGCCAUGAGUGCAUGUUAAAGGGAGCACAGACCCAUCGUUUCAAAUGCCUCCUCAGUGUGAAUGGGAAAGGAAUGAGGAUGCAGGAGGGGCAGGACUGGGGGAAAAGUUGACUUGGAGUGGAUGGGCUCUUUAGAGACCUGUGUCCCAGAGAAUCAGAAAUGGCAAUCUGAAUUGCUAGAGUGAGAAUCGGGGAGGAGAGACACAUGAGAGGGUUACCCCUGCACAGAUGGUUGUAAAGUAACAGUCAGAA